CUGAAAAACUCUCUUUGAGCCCUUUACUAUGGAUAUUCCAUCUGUUUCUAUCUUUCCCUGAACAUUCCAAGAUCGAGCAUGCAUAUAUAUAUAUAUAUCACCCUCAUCGUCCGCUACAGGAAGAGAGAGGAUGGUUAGAGAGAUGGGUGGAUGACUCCCACCCACUCAAUCAUAAGCCCGACCCAACCCUCUUCCUCCCUCCAUGGACAUCACGUUCUUCUUCAUUCUCUCUCUCUCUCUCUCUCUCUCUCCCCCCACAAAUCCGUAACUCGCUAACCUUUUCCCCCCUUAAAAAACCACUAUACAUGCAUCACAUAAACGAAAGGAAACCACUAAGACACCCCACUUACAUACCAUACCAUUUCAGUUUUCUAUUUUGCCCGACACAUUUUCGUGUACACUUCUGACUUCUUGCUCUCUCUCUCUCUCUCUCUCUCUCUCUCUCUCUCUAUUAUUAAUUGCUACUAGUUAGUAUUUUCUAGUUAAUUCCCUUUUCUUGUUUUUGUUUACCUUUUUCUUUAUUUAAUUAGUGGCAUCUCUCGCUCCUUCUCUCUAUCUCUCUCUAUGUGUGUGUGUGUGUGUAUAUAUGAUCUAUAUCUAUAUAUACUACGUAACUUUGCUUAGUCUUCACUUUUCUCUUGUUAAAGAAUUCUAUUCUCUCCCUUGAUCUGUACUCAAAUCCAUAGUUUUCAUAAAUUAGCACUAAAAAAGAUGUCUCUGGAGUUGGUAUCUGAACCUGUUUGUUAUGUUCACUGCAACCUCUGCAACACCAUUUUAGCGGUUAGUGUUCCAAGCAGCAUUUUGUUCAAUAUUGUGACAGUAAGAUGCGGGCAUUGUGGCAAUUUGCUGUCUGUGAACAUGGGAGCGUCCUUACAAACACUUCCUAUUCAAGAUCCCCAAUCACAGAAACUGCUUCUUAUUAACUCAGAAGAUUUGAACAAGAACUUUGGAUCAUCUUCCAAAUGUAACAAGGUCACUGCUUCAGAGUCUACUGAGCAUGAACCACCUAGGAUGCCCGCCAUCCGCCCCCCAGAGAAGAGGCAGCGUGUUCCUUCUGCAUAUAAUCGGUUCAUCAAGGAGGAAAUUCAAAGGAUCAAGGCUAGUAACCCUGACAUUAGCCACAGGGAAGCUUUCAGCACAGCAGCCAAAAAUUGGGCACAUUUUCCUCACAUUCACUUUGGACUGAAGCUGGACAGCAACAAGCACGCUAAAUUAGACCACCAGUCAUUUGCAGGAGAGGGCACCCAAAAAACUAGUGGAUUGUACGAGAUCAAUGGCUCCCUGUGAGUAGCACGUAGAAUUACAUAUCUAUAUUUUAAGCCACGGUUUUUCUAUGUAUAAAUAAUAAAAACAACUCGAUCGAUCGAAGAUUAUUACUGCAUAUAAGAGGUUUGAUGUUGAAGUCUCCUAGUUAACAAAAUAGGAAGACCGGCCUCCUCUUGAAGAGCUUCACAGCCCCAUGCAUGCACAAAAACCUUCCCCAUUUCAUAAAUAUAUAUAUUUGUGUGCUAAUCUCAUGCUCUUAAUUAA